AACCUCUGAUUUCCCCUCCCACCUCAAUUGCUCUGUCGCCGACAACGCUGACGGAACAGUCCCAAGCCCCUUCGUGGCGCCUGACAGGUACGCUGUCUCAUAGUUUGUAGCUGAGAGUAGUAUGAACUUUUACCGUGCCGCCGCCUCCGCCCUCGACCACCUGGACAAGCACCAGGGCAGUGUCAAGGGCUCGCUCGCUGCAGCCAAGAUCAAGGUCGAGCCGGCCGAGGCCAAGCGCAUCCUGGCGUUGGUGAUUGAGACGCUGAAAUACCGCGACGUGCUUCUCGAGCUCCUCGAGAUGGUACCGUUGCUCAAGCUCGAGAAGGAGACGUUCAGGAUCAGGGGCACGCCCACCGGACGCAACCUCAUCCUCGUGCUGCUGCACGACCUUCUUUUCUCGACGCGCGCGCGUAUCGAGGCCAGUGACAAGUGGCCCCCCAAGGGUGCAAUCGUGCGGCAUCAGGCCCGCCUCAAGGCAGAGCUUGUUCGUAUCCAACUUCGCGCAGGCGUCUCUUCAGUCCGCGACCUCGGCCGCACAGCUAGCUCGGACGUGCAGGCGCGCUACGUCCGCUGGAAUCCCAACAUUGACGCAAGUCGAGCCGAGGACUGGUCGCUCUCCGCGCUGCACAAGCACCUCGUCACCAAGGGCUUUGGCCUUAUUGCGGAGGCCGUCUACCCUGUCCCCAGCGGAAAGUAUUUCAUGGACCCACACCUCCCCGAGUACCUCCUCGUCUUUCCGCCAGACACAAACUGGUGGGCUGGGGACCGGUGGUACGAGGCCGGCGCAGUCGUGCUGCAGGACAAGGCGUCGUGCUUUCCCGCCACCGUCAUAAUGGACGGGUGGGACGGCGGCGAGUGCAUCGACGGCACAGCGGCGCCUGGCAACAAGACAAGUCUGAUGUCCGCACUCAUGGGGAAUAAGGGGGUGCUGUACGCCUUUGAGAAGAGCACACAUCGCUUCAAGACGCUCGAGAAGAUGCUUGCGCGCGCCGGGUGUUCCAACACGACCGCGACGAGAGGCGACUUCACGCAAGCCGACCCAGCCGACUACCCCAACGUCACGCGCAUCCUCCUCGAUCCCAGCUGCAGCGGGUCCGGCAUCGUGAACCGACUCGACUACCUGGUUGAGCAGGAGGAGAACGAGGAUGACGAGCGCCUGGACAAACUCGCCGCGUUCCAGCUGCAGAUGAUCCAGCACGCGUUCAAAUUUCCCGCGGUGACGCGCAUCGUAUACUCGACCUGCUCGAUUCACGCCGAGGAGGACGAACGCGUCGUCGCCAAGGCGCUCAAGUCUGGCGGGGGCCGUUGGCGUGUUGCAUCUCGCGCAUCAGUGCUGCCUGCGUGGGAGAGGCGAGGGCGCGUCGAGGAGCUUGGUCCUGACGCCGAGGGUGUCAUUCGCUGCUUGCCGGAGGACAAGACGAACGGUUUCUUUGUCUCAUGCUUUGAGCGCGUUGAUGGAUCGGGACAGAAGACCGAGGGGUCGGAACGCGAAAAGCGGAAGCGUGAAGAGGAGGAAGAGGAGAGGGAGGAAGGAGAUGAGGAGGGAGAAGAGGCGCAGUCAAAGGAGGCCAGGCCCAAGACGGCCGCGCAGCUGGAGCGCGCGCGCCGAAAGAAACAGCAGCAGAAGAAGAAGAAGAGGCGUACCUAGAGAUGAGAUGCAAUGCUAUGAUACAUGAAAUUACUGCUUGGAGGCGGCCAGCG